CUCGAUCAGCCACAAGGGGCGCUGCGGAGUCCGGUGCCCACCUUUUUGGCAGUGCGCUUCCAGCCUCCUCUGGACAGAGAUGAUGAGCGGCUGCUGCAUCUUCUCUUGGCGGCUCCUCCUCAUCCUCAUCGCCUUGGGUCUCCUGGAUGCCAAUAGCACCCCAGAUGCUACUGCGGAGACACAACAUGUCAGCCAGCAAACUACAGAGAGCACUUCUGAUAAUGCAGCAUCGCUUCCAGAAAGAUCCAACACAGAACUAUCCACCAGCACACAAGAUUUUGACCAAACUGCGACGGCGUCUUCCCUUGUAUUCAGGCUAGAGAAUAUUACUAUAAGUGGAUUUCCUAACACUCCAGUAACAAAAAGUGUCACAGUAGAGAAACCAACUACCCUGGAACUGUUGUGUAGUUUGGUUAUUGGACCUUCUACAGAAGUGGAAGAAAUGGAGGUUGCCUGGAAAACUGGUGACAACCUAAUAAAAGAGGAGAGCCUCAAAAGGACAGAGACCCAUACUAAAUGGUGCACUCGAUACACGAUACAACUGGAAAGGAAAGACCAAAUGGAAAGUUAUAUGUGCAUUUUUAAAACUAAGCCAGAAAUAAAUGCUACAUUUCAUUUACAAGUGCCUGAAAUACACAUAAAAUCUAAGAGUAUCAUCAGUUACGUGGGUGAUUAUGUGGUCCUAACAUGCACAGUUGGCGAUGAGGCUGUGCAUUAUAGCCCCUCUUCUUGGGUCUGGUAUACAACCAAUGGAAGUGCUGAGCAGCUUGUUAAUAUUGAUACCACUACUACUGUGCCAGAGAAAUACAUCACGACCCAGAAUAAUGCCAAUGUAACCAAACUGAAGAUCUCAACCCUCUCUGAGAUAGACAGUGGCUUUUACUGGUGUGAAGCAAUUUUUCCAUUAGGUGAAAGCAAAGGAAAUGUGUCACUGACGGUUCUCACCUAUAUGGCCCCACUCAAACCUUUUCUUGUCAUCGCUGCUGAAGUUAUUGUUUUAGUAGCUGCUAUUUUCAUCUAUGAAAUAUGCACCAAAAGGAAGGAAAUUCAAGUUGAAGCUGAAAAAGAAUUUGAACAAGCAGAAACACUGAAAUCAGAAGACAGCAAUGGUUUGGAAAACAGUACUACCAGACAAAGAAAAGUUUAAGUCCUUUGUGGCAAGACAAAGGCAACAGAUGGAUAUCUGUUACAUCAGAAAACUUCGGGCAGAUAUUCCUUCAGGCAGGAAUUCAGCUCCUGAUUAUGGCCUUUUAUAUGUCUUAAGAAAUGUAAUAUGCUUAAAUUGCCUUUUUAGAAAUGAAAUUAUGCAAUGAUGCUACUGUCAUGCACAUCAGUGUAUAAGUACUGUAUGAAUCCAUGUUGUUGUCAGUUUUUCCAUGGUUAUAUCUAUUGGAGCCUUUUGGCUACACUUAGCAACAACCCAGCCUUAAUUUUAGCCAUUAGUCUGAAUUUAUGUAUAUGGAGACAUUUAUUUUACUUAAUUGUAUUGUAUUGUAUAUGCUGUCCAGCUGUAAUUGAAGACCUUACCCCAGGCUACCAUUAUUAUUAUUAUUUCAUUCAAAGAAAGUAGGGCAGCAUCAGAUUAAUCUGUACAAGUGAUGAUUCAGAAGCAAAAUAAGUGAGUUUGACUGUAAAUUACUGUAUUUUCCGAUAUUUUAAGCUAGCAACAGUUUACUCAAAAAAAUGCCUCAGCUGCUGAAAAUAUUUUGUGUAGACAAUGUACGUAUCUUAAAAAAUCAAACAUCUCCUUCUUUUCCUUUACGUUUUGCUUUUUGUAAGGAAACAAGUUGCUGACCCUCAUGAUUGAAGAGUGGAUUGGAAAGUUAAGAUAGCAACUGAAAGUCUUAAAAACUAGAAAAUAACAGCUCACCCCAUUUGGGGGAUGUUAAGUUGUAAUAUUAAAAGCAAUAGAAUGACUUUAUUUACAGUAUAUGUACAAGGACUAGGUUAAUUCUAUCUGAUCUAGCUAGAAACAUCUUGAGACAGAAACUAUACAUUUAGCGGAAACCCUCCUAAACACAACUAUAUUGCUUAUUAAUGUACCAAAGAGGUGAAAUUAUAUCAAAAAAUAACUGCCAAAUACUAGCAGACCCACAUUUCUAACAAAUUUUAAAUAUAGUUUUGAUGUUUCCCCCAUUUUUUAUUGCAAUGACUGUCUGCACCCUGACAUUAUUAAUCUUCAAUACCCACAGUGAUUACAGAAUAAAAAAUGUAUUGCUCAUCAACAACUUGUAUACUUUGUCUUUAGAUGUUCAAAUGUUUUAGUUAACUUUAUAUUUGAAUAAAAAAGUGCUAAACUUCAAAAAAAA